AUGAGUACUGAAGGCACCUCCGCCGCGGCAGCGAGGAUCCGAGCAGCGCGCGCGGACAAGGCCAAAGCAAGUGUUAGUCCCAGCAGCGAUCAGAACCACAGAGAGUCACAAAGGCCUUCUCGUGAAUCGAAGACUAAACUCUUGCAGAAUCCUACGUGGGGUUCGAAGAAGGCUAGAGGAAAGCCUGAUGGACAGACGAAUUCCAGGGGCAACUCCCUUCAGUAUUCAGGGAUUGUUGAGUCCAUUGAAGGGCCGAUGAAUAAGGGGAUAGGUCGUCCUGGGGGCAGAGGGUUGCAGAAGGGGAAGCGCAAGCGAGUGUUGUCGGAUUCCGAGUUGGACAGGUCAGGCGAUGAGGAGCAGGUGGAACAAGGUCCUGGUAAAGGGCAUGGCGCAGAGCAGAUCAAGGUUCCGAAAAAGCGUAAGCAGACGGGAGCGCCCAUAUCCCAGUCCUCUGCACCUUUUGAAGCCCCUACCAUUGACGUGGACAAAUCUGAGUCUUCAUCAGCCGAAGAAGAAUUCUCGUUUACAAAGACGCGAGCUCGUGCCAAGGCCGAUGACUCGUACCCAACUGGGCAGAAGGAGAGAAGCCAUGAGCUCGAUGGCGAUGAAGAGGCAGCCAGGCACAACGGUUCUGGUGACGAUGAGGAUACGGACGAUGAGCGACCUGAAGAACACGACUUUGCAGGGCGCAUGACGGACACGCAGGUCUCACAUGAGCGUAUCAACUGGACCACUGCAACUCCAUCGAAGGCUCAUGCUGCAGGAGAGACGUACAAUGACGUUGAGCAACUGUCUGGCGUCAACGUGCAGUCGAGCCGAGAGAAUCUCACCACGACGCGCCCGGUCCGGCCGCCUGCUCACAAGGCGCCACCUCCCAACGACGACGCUCAGUCUGACACUCCUAGCUCUCCACCACGCUCGAAGAAAAGGGAUAAGCGCAAGGAGAAGACAAAGCAGAAACUUGAACAGGAGCUUCCGACCGUUACGAGGAAGCCGCCACGGGGCCAAUCUGCGGCCUCUGUGCCCACAAGCGAGGAUGAUCGCAAUUGGUUGCAACGUACUGAUAUCACAGAUGCCCUCGCGCCCUGGAGCAGCAACAAGUGGACGGUCAACCUCAAGCCAAUGGGCUCCGAAAUGCACGCUGUCAUGAAGCUCAGCUUCAUGCUUUGUCAGAUGCAUCUCGUUUUCCGGGACCUCGAUGACCCUCAGCUCACCGCACCAGAACAAGUUGCCGGCAUUGUUACGGGUUUCGACAAUGCAGGUAUGAAUGACUUUGCGCUUCAGGCACUCGUCAAGGCGGCAAUGGACAAGGGUUACGAUGGCGAAAAUGACAUUGUCGGUCGCCUGCUUUAUGGCUCGGCAAACCUGUACGUAGACCCAUUGGUUGGCUAUACUGCUCACCGGACGAAGCAGUACCGAACUCUUAUCAAGAAGGCGGCGGCCUCUACCUUCCCUUCCGUUGUUCAAGUCUCGUCUCUUCCAGCUGCCGAACUUGAAGAAUUGGGACAUAAUUUCAUCUUCCCACGUACUGGUGCCGGUACUUGGGACACUAAGCAGCCUUUCGCGGGUGCCGGCCUUGGGGAGACUAUACGUGCAAUGUUCUUCGGUACUGACCAUGCACAUAGCCUUGGUCUUCGGAACAUCAGCAAGAUGACAUCGUCUUUGUCGUCGGCAGCCCGGGAGCACGAGAUUCCAGCUGCAAUGAUUGCAUUGGCGGCCACUGCGAUCCAUUCUGUUUUGCUCGACGCUCAGACUCCCAUAACGAGCAGCAAGGGCGAGGAGUUUGCAGGCCCCGUCCUUGGAGGUGCUUAUAAGGGCUAUCUCGAAUCUCUUCUUAGGACGCACAAGGCGAAACCUCGCAAGUAUCACAAGAUCACGCAUCAGCUUUAUAUCGUCGCCACAAAUGGACGCGCAAUGGUUGCGCAGAGUGGAGCCACCAGCCAGUCCGACAUCAUUGCACGUGUCAAUUGGGACGGUGACGACUCGGACUACGAUGCGCACGGGGCGUGCAUGUUCGUCGAUCUCACCGCACACUUUCUGGCUCAGAUAAGCGUCGACGAGGCGACUGCCGUUGGGCGGCUCAUUCGCGAGACUCUCAUCAAGGCUAGGAAGGACGUGGAGUGA